GCCGGGCGCACACCCAGACCGAGCAGAACAUGGACAUUAACCGCGGAGCUAGGCGGGCACGCCAUGUGGCCUCUAAUCUCGCGACGGGUAACCCUGCCGAUGAGCCACGACGGAGAAGCGGCGCUCGCGAUCUAGCCGCACCGCCUAGGCAACGAGCCCUCGACGCGCAUAGAACGCCGGAUACGAGGGCAGAUGACGGCGAUGGCGACGCUCUACCGCCCCCACGAGCUAAUCCGUUUAGACUUCAUCGUGGUAUGUUGCUGACUUGUAUCUACGCUUGAUACUCUUCCGGCAUUGCGCUACAGGUGCUAGCGAGCUCCCUGGAUAGGCAUUUGCGGAGAGACUAUGGAUAAGUCAGAUCAGGCUAACCGCGCAUUAUAGCUGUACCAGCAACUUCCACGCCGAGACUAAGUCUCCCAAUGGGAUCUGACGAUUCGGGCUCUGAUCCCGAAAUCAGUGUUUUAGAAAUGGUUCGUGGCGGGGGCCGAGCGGCUGUUGUGCUUCAAAACGUCGAAGACGAUACAUUCGAGGAAGAAGAGGAGGAAGAGGAAGACAGCAUGUCACAAGAAAUCUACGAACGAGACCCAGAGGAGACAAGCCUCGAUGAGCACGAUGUUGAAGAACAAAUUGAAGAGCAGGCGAUAGAGCCGCUCCUGGACCCCUCGGCCGUUGGACUGAAAGAGAUAUCCAACCUGGGCAAGUUUACUGUCAGUAGCCACAAGCCAGGAAGUGGCGUGGAGGAGCUUCGCAGCGACAACCUGAAGCUCUUUUGGCAAUCGGACGGACCGCAACCUCACAAACUCACAAUAUACUUUGUCAAACGUGUAGGCAUUCGGGUGAUUCGAUUCUACGUCGACUAUCGGGAAGACGAGUCUUACACACCUACGAAAAUCGUCUUCAAAUCCGGCACGAGCGAGAACAACUUGAUAGAAUUUGCUACGAUGAACAUGGACAGCCCGUAUGGAUGGCAAGACGUACCGAUUGCAGGUGCUGGCGGUGACCCAGAUGGAAACACUCUGGUGUCGUAUGUCUUGCAAAUGCAGAUUUUGGAGAACCACCAGAAUGGCAAAGAUACGCAUCUGCGAGGGAUCAAGAUCUACGCGUUUGAUCCAGAUAUCAGCCAAGACACCAUCACUCAUCAGGCCGAUGAGGAUGCGGAAGCUGUGGCAGCAGCGUUCCCAGGAAGCCUGACGUCGAGCCAGCGGCUCAGCGAGGUGGCCAAGAUGUUGGCGGACUCGACGUUUGAGAUGCCAGACCCAUGGCUCGCGCAGACUGAGGGAAUGCGCGAGCCCGAGAUCCGAUAGUGAAGCGCGAGUGGCGCAGUGUACAGUACUAGUCCGUAACGAUUCAUGAAAUGACUUUCUUUUUCUUGCACAUGUAUCCUAGCUUCCAUGAGCGAGGCCUGGGUAGUGAUGGGGCUCAGCGUGAUCAGCAGAGGCUGUGACGUCGUCCAAGACCAGGCGAGGCUGUCGGUGGAGCUUAGGCCUCGUCUGAACGGGGCCGCAUCAUCAUUGCCACAGUCAGAGAAAUAUUGAGUUCAGGAAUAGUCGCCUGAUUCGGAGCCGAUGGUGUUAGCUCGUCUAUUGUGUGGGAUGCGCCUUUUUUGAGAACUGUUGUUGUUCCUAUUAAACCCGUGUUAGUUUGGGGACUCGUUGUGCUGCCGUGGAGGCGAAGUAUAGGUGUCGAAGCGGGAUGGAGGAUGUAUACGGUAAGCGGGCGCUGGAGAGAGAGAGAGAGAUUACUGUCUACAGACAUUAUCGGUGUAGAAAAAGCUGGCCAAGAUGAUCUCCCAGGGUUCCGGAACGAAACUUGUUCUAGAAUGUUUGAACCCCUGCGCUAUAUAUUGUGUGUUUGGGGUUUGACGGGUGGCGGCGCACGCUGUCCUAGUGCGUAUGCAUCGUAUCGGAGUAAGUCGCGGAUCCGAAAGGGGGCAGUAGAGAGCAAUCCGGGCAAUACGCUAGACGCCCGCAUUGCGUCCCACCAAGCGAAAAAGAGCUAACAGCGAUCCCACGGGCAAUUAAAAAAGGACUAGAAAAGAAAGAAGCCUAGCCGGGGGCUUGCAUCAGCGUCUGUCUGGUGACUGG